AUGUCGUGCUACUCGUGUGGGAAAGAUACUUUGCUCGAAGUCGAUGGUGCGAGGACUGUGUGCACGCGAUGUGGAACAGUACGUUGGCCAUCUCUUCCCCGCCGGCCACGCCGAUCAUCCCCGGGCGGGCGUCCACCUGCCUGUACAAGAAACCUGACCUCCGUCUCUCAAACAGGUCUUGGAAGAGAACGCCAUCGUUUCCGAGAUUACAUUCGGUGAGACCGGAGGAGGUGCCGCGAUCGUACAAGGAAGUUAUGUCGGCGCAGAUCAAAGUCAGUGCCCGCUCUCACGCUCGAAAGCAUUACGCUCAGGCUGACCAAACUGCUGUAUACCGCAUAUCUAUGCAGCUCGAGCAAGGGCACCAGCGGGAUAUAGGAAUGCCGGUGGACGACAAGAGUCGCGUGAACAGACCAUGAUCAAUGGUACGUCCCGUCCUGAGCCAAGUCGAUCCAAAAAAGUUCUACCCCCCUCACGUGACCUUUUCUCUUGCUACAACACGCAGGUCGACGCCGCAUCCAAGCCCUAGUCAUCGCCCUCCACAUCCCCGAACGUCUCGCCGAUGCUGGACAACGUUACUUCAACCUGGCCGUGAACCUCAACUUCGUCCAAGGUCGAAGGACCCAGUACGUUGUCGCGGCGUGCCUCUAUUGCGCUUGCCGUAUGGACAAGACCAGUCAUAUGCUUAUCGACUUUUCCGACAUGCUCGAGGUGAGCAUAGAACCCUCACUUUAGUUCACUUUUCUUGUUGCGUACUAAUUCUCGUCUCUCUGUUUGGAGCAGAUUAACGUUUUCGUCCUCGGCUCGACCUACCUCAAACUCGUCAAAGAGCUCCAACUCCAACUCCCUACCGUCGAUCCCUCACUGUACAUCACGCGCUUCGCAGCCCUUCUCGAAUUCGGAGAGGAAACGCAAAAAGUGGCUCAAGAUGCCGUCCGUCUCGUCGCUCGCAUGGGGAGGGAUUGGAUGCACAUCGGUCGACGACCGGCGGGCGUGUGUGGGGCCUGUCUUCUCCUCGCUGCGAGGAUGAACAAUUUUCGUCGGUCGGUGGCCGAGGUCGUUCAAGUUGUCAAGAUCGCGGAUACGACGCUCAAAAAACGUUUGGACGAAUUCAGGGAUACACCUUCCGGUGCUUUGACGGUCGCUGAUUUCAGGACCUUGUGGUUGGACGAGACGGCCGAUCCACCGGCUUUCUUGAUGAGUUUGAAGAAGGAGAAGGAGAUGAGGGAAAAGGAAAGAAAAAGGAGGGAGACGACGGAGUUGGGGGAGGAGGAGGAGGAGGAUGGGCAGGAGGCGUUCGAGGAAUUGGCGAAGAGGAUUGAUGAAGGGGGUGAAAGGGAUCGGGAGCGACGGAAUCGUGGCGGCGGCGAUGAGGAGGGCGAUGAGGAGGAGGCGGACGAAGAAGGCGACGAGCCGGGGGGAACAAAGUCGCGGUCUCCUUCCAAAGAACCUACCGCUGCGCAUGCGGCGGAGCUCAUGCCUCCACCCGCGGUGCCCUCAAGUAAGGCGCUCGGGAAGCGACGCAGCUUGUUCAACCCCGAGGAGAGCGACGACGAGGAUCAAUCCGACAAGGACGCCGAUGAAGCAGAGGAAGAAGCACAGAAAGACGCAGAACCGAACCCACUUCUCGAAGACAACGCCGAUCUCGACGAAGCCAUCAUGGCCGAACUGUCAACGACCCUAGGUUCCAGAGCCGGCGUCGCCUUGACGGACGAACUGGACAAGGUUGAGGCAAAACGACUCGAAGCCGCUUCGGCGAUGACGAACCUCAGCCGCGGUGGAAAUCGCGGUGGAUCGGAUCGACUCGAUGAUUUAGACGAGGACGAAUUGGACGCCUUUAUCCUCACGGAGGAAGAAGUUCAGGCCAAAUCACGGCUCUGGAUGCAGAUGAACAAGGACUACCUCCAAGCUUUGGCGGAUCGACAAACGGGUCCAGACGGGGAAAUCAAACCUGCCCAAGCGCGAAGGGUACGCAAGCGGAACCGUCCGAGGGAUUCAGCGACUGCCACGGGAGCCAACGCGGCUGAAGCGACGAAGCAACUCUUGACGAAGAAGAGGUUCUCCAAGAAAAUCAACUAUGCUGCUGUCGAUGCCUUGUUCGAAAGGGACGAUGAUGAUGCCGCUUCGUCCGUCGGUGGGGACGAUCGAAGGGACGAUGACGACGACGAUGGGAUCUUGUUUGGUCAACGUCAUGGUCCCGCCAAGACGCAGAGGGGGAUUACUCCUACAGCGUAUAGGAAAGGAACGCCGAUCCUCACGCCCGCACCGACGUUCUCGUCGAGGCGAGGCACGCCCGCUUCAAGUCGCGCAGGUUCGGUCCCGGUCACGCCUAGGGCAAUCGAACCUGAGCCGGAGGAGGAAGCUGUGGAAGAGGAUGCGGAUGCGGAUGAUUGGCGCAAGCAGCUUGGCGCUACGCUGGGUGAGGAUGAUGGGUUCGCGGAUGAAUGGGCCUGA